GUUACAGCUAGAAUUAUUGUGUAUGAGCACCCAAUGGGUGCGUUCAGCAGACGGAGCGAAACAGUGAGCACUCAGUGAUUCUGUACUAUGAUUGAUUUCUGCCUCUAACUCCAACAAAGAACUAAAGGCAAGAACCAAUCAUAUUAGAGAAUUACAGAGCGCUUACUGAACGCACCCAAAUGUACAGCUGAUCUUAUUAUUUGCUUUGUGAGAAGCACGUGUCGUAUGUCGUAUGUGUAACGUAAUUAUUUCGUCCAUAAUCACGCACUUCCAAUAAUAUAGCAAUAUUCAAUAUAUCAACAUAAAAAUAUAUUAACCACGAGGCGUCGGACAAUCAAUCGUUCUCGCAAACGAAUAGACAUGCAUGGGCAAGUCGUACGAUACACACGUGUUCCGUGACGUCAUCUUCCGGUAACGUCACGAGAACAUACCAGAUUUUUCUAGAAACCCUUCUUAAAAGUAUAUAAAUUCCGUCGAAAUAUUCGAGCAGGUAGCAUCUCAGUAUCGUACGAUGAGCUCCACGUGCAGCUUACAAUAGUCGAGAACGCGUAGUACCCGUGUAUAAGUAAUCCAGGAGCUGGAUUUCACAGGCUCCGUCACCACGUGGCCAUAACGGCGACGCACUUAAUCGAUUAUUUAAAAACAUUUAAUUGGAAAGCGAACGCGCCCCCAAAUGCGAACAAGUGUACAUAAAAGAGGUGUAGUAUUAAUAAACUCAAAUAAACUAUUACAUACAAACGCGAAACCACGCAGUGAGGAGUAAUUUCACCACCCCGACAAAACAUAAUAAUAGCAGUCUCUAUUAUAAGUGUUUACAUUUUCUGUGUAAUAUUUGGUGAUAUUAUUAUUGGAAGUGCAAGAAAAUGCAGAAUUGUGAUAAUAAUGCAAGUUCGAGCCAAUUAUCUGUCCCGUUACUUUAUUCAGUUGUAAAAUUUAAUGCUGAAUACGAAGAUGAUGAAACAUAUUCUGUGAUCCCAAGUAUAUGGCUAAAAGAACAUGAUAAAUAUUCUUAUUGGCCGAAAAAAGACACACGGAAUUGUAUCAUAAAACGUAAAAGACCACAAAAUGAUUGGAAUAUUUACCCGGCGACACCCGGUUACUGUACUUGCUACAUACGAUUUAUAUGAACAUGCUCUCCAGAAAGAAAAGCGAUUAAUGGAAGAAAAAAGCAAUACCGAAUCGGAAUCUCAAUUAGGUCGUGGAUUUAGAAAGAAAGUUUCACAUUGCAUUUCAAGAAAAAGUGAUAAUUCCAGUGAUUCAAGUGAAAAUGAAAAAGAUUCUAGCGAGUCUAAUGAUUCCAUUCCUGAAUUAAAUAAAAACUUACACAAACAAGAUGACAUUAAUGAAAAUAUUGAUGAUAAUAAUUCACAAAUCUUAGACAUUAAUGAAAUUCCUAUUUUUAUAAAAGCAGAAGACAAUGUUCUUAUAGAAGAUAUUCCUGCGGAUAAUAAUAGUUUUUUUAUGGGAUAUUAUUAUCUGAGGAAGCACAAUCACAGUUGGUAUGUAUACAAAAUUGUUUUUCUAAUUUUGUAUAAACGCAUUGAGAAUAUAAUUAAUAAAUAAUUAUAUUUUAGAUUAAUAUGUUAACCAUGAUUGGUGGUACAACCGAAAAAGAUGCAAUGAAGAGGGCAUUGCAAAAAUUAUUUUCAAAUAAUCUCGCUUCUAAGUGUUCUUGGACUGGAGUCACAAAUAAUUUUAAAUUAAAAGAUUUAAAAUUAAUUAUGUGCUUAAAAAAUGAUUAUUCAUAUUGCUCCUUCUUCUCCUUUCCCCUGUGGAUAUUCGAAUAUUGCUCCUUGAAAGGCGUGAUGUGGCAACUUGUCGAUGCUGUUCAGACAGGACGAACUUCCGACGAUUUGUCGCUACUACACAAUAUCUACGUAGAGGGGGAAAGUCGCCAGCGAUUUCUCGCUGCAUGAAUUCGUACCUUUAGAUGGCCAUAUCGACAACAUCCUAUAUCAUCGUUUAAUUUUGUAUAAUUCGAAAUAUAUACAGCCGAAUAAAGAGUUAAAUAAUAAGAAAGUACUUGAGUGUACAUACAUUUGGGUGAUAAUGCGGUUAAGUUUAAAAAGAAUGAGAAAAUAUG